GUCAAGGCCGGGUAAACAAAACAACUGUAUAUUUCCGUUAUUUUAGUGCUUUUAGCAGAUCAAAGUGGCCCCGCAGUGCCAGGUGAAUGCGGUGGUUUUGUGUUCACAAAAAUAUAGCGGGAAUGGGCCUUACCUAGGGUCCCUAGGGUGCGGGGGCAUUUGGCGGGGAUUUUACCAUUUGGUCGUCCGCACACAGCGAGAAUUUUACCCGGGGCUGGCUGGACCGAAAGUCAAAAUUCCGAAGGCAGGUUGACCUGAGUGUACAUUAACAGUAAAAUGACGACUUGUUUGACUGAACUGUUCCUUUGGUCAUUGAAGGGCAAUGUCGUAAUCCCAAACCACAUGAUUGGCUGCCACAGUUAUCAUGACAAAGCAGAUCAAGGUAUCGCCUCCGGCCAGCCUUACUACGAAGAGAAGCAGCAGUUCACGGAAGGCCGUGAUAUGCUAUGGGCUCCAAAGAACAAACGGCCAGAAAAGCUACGAGACAAUAUCAAAGAGAUGGAGGAGCUCCUGUCUGCGUUCAAAGUGGUUCAGGUACGAUGGCGGAGUCGUAAAGCGUUGCAGCUCAUAUUGAACAAUGCAUGCGUGGUUAACGUAGUGCUGGCGGGGCACAGUGGAGAUAUAGAGAGACUCCUGGUGGACAAGUCUCUUAUCGGCAAACUGUCCAGCGACACGGUCAAUGAUGCCCUGAUGACUGACCAGUUCCUUGUAGCAACGUACUCAGACAAGUCUCGUCUGGACUAUGUAUACUUCUGCAAACGUCCACCACUUGGGGAGGCUAUUAAAAAGCUGGAAAAAAUAUCAGUCUGGGAACCAAAGGUGACGAACCUGGACAUCCCUGGACCAGUAGGGCGGAGGCUUGAACGGAGGGUAGCAGUCAACAUUCACCAGGAUCUGGUGCUGGUCUGGUGGAGUAACUCCAGUAAGGAAGCAAUGCCUUGGUCUCCUAUGGCAACAGACAGAGAUAGGGCCAACAUUAUUGCAGUGUCCUGUCAUGGACCGAAUAUUGAUAUUAUGACCUUUACGAGGACAGAGUGUGACCCUGUUUCUACAAAGUUCAGCCAGCUACAUGCCUACCGAUUCUACACAGUGGAACAGGGUAUGGGGUCUGCUGGAGAGACGACAGUGAAGGCUGCAACGUAUGAGAUUGUACAGAACAAGAUUCAAAGAAUAUCAGUGAUCAACAUUGCUCUCAAAAGUAUGGUUCAGUGUGAGGGACGCAGUCCAGGGGAAGAUAGACUGGUUCUGGGGUGUGCAGACAGCACUCUGGUGAUCUAUGAUGAGAAUAAGAAGGUUACACAGAUGACCCGGGCUGGGUUGAUCCCCAGUGUGAUAGCGUGGCACCCAACUGGCACAAUAUUUUAUGUUGGAAGCGCUCGAGGGGAUAUACAGGUAUAUGACAUUGCUCUGUCCCCACUGAGGUUGCAACUGUUGUCAGAGGAGCCCAACCCCCUGAACAUCCUUCCCACCGCCAGAUUCUUCAAGUCUGCCCCGACCCUGAGGGAGCUACAGUGGUGUGCGUUUGACCCUCAGGCUGCUGACUGGCACGGCGACUACACCGAUGCACUCGCUCUCAUCUAUGAUAGAGGCCCUGUUGGGGUGUUGCUGAUGCCGCUGGGUGUGGUCAGCAGAGAGAGGUUCUCCUGUGUGGAGCUCGUCAAGGAAUACAUCCGCUCCAAACAACUCGAAGAGGCCGUUUCCCUGCUUGGUGCUAUGGGCUGGGACACAGAUGGAGCUAGCUGUUACAGCUGCCUGACCGCCAUUGUCACCCACCUCCUGAAAAUGCCACUCAAUGCUGAGAGGGAAGUUCAGUUAGAGACGGCCAUGGGCACGUUCUAUGCCCCGAAGCGUGCGUUGUCGGAGAUGACGAUUCUCGACUAUCGAGACCCAAUCAGCCGACUGGCGCGCAGAUUCUUUCACCAUCUUCUGAGAUAUGCACGAUUUGAUAAAGCCUACUUGUUAGCUGUGGAUAUUGGUGCUAGAGAUCUUUUUAUGGAUAUUCACUAUAUGGCGCUAGACAAGGGAGAAACAGCUCUGGCCGAGGUGUCACGACGUAAAGCCGAGCAAGUAGACUCGGAAUCAUUAGCGGACAGUUUUGACGAUCACUUGCCUGGGAUGGAAGGAGGUUUCUACCAGCAUGGCAACAACUCCCAUGUCAACUCUCAUGUGGGCAAUGGAACGACUAACAGGGUACAGAUUCCAGUAUCGAGACAGCACCCCUGGCAUCAUGAAGCAGACGGUCAGGGUGACCAGGAGCAGCUUUCCCACAAUUCUUUACACUCCCAGAAUGCAACAGCAGUAUCUCAAAAUGCAACAACCAGAGGAGAGAAUUCACAGAGAAGCAGGAGUGGGGGAAGGAGAGUCCAGUACAGCGACCAACAGUUGAGCACAGACCUAGUGGACCUUGACGUGAAUGCAGACCUAAUCAGCGACUACACUGCCGCCCUCGGAGAUCAAGCAGGAUGGGGUUCUGCCGCUGGAACAGCAAAUAGAUCUGGAAACGCUAACAAUGGGGGAGAACAGAGCAGUGUGAAGGUCUUCCGGUUUGGUGUCGUUUGACCUGGGUAAUAGGAUGAACAUCUUUUGGCUGUUUAUUGACCUGAAACAAAUUUGGCAGAUGUGUUUCAUAGGGAGUAACCAUGGUCUUGGCUGAACAAUUGUUUUGGUGAACUGUGGUCUGGGUCAUUUGUGCAAGAUUGGCUUGGUGGUGUUAGACCUGAAUCAUAUGUGCAAAAUCCGUUUUGUGUAGUGUGACCAGGUUCUUGGCUUAACGAUUAGUUUGAAGUUGUGAGGCUGGACCAUGUUUGCAAGAUGAUCCUUAUGAGGUUUGACCUGAGUCAAGUGUGUAAGAUUUCUCAGAUGUUGUGUGACCAAUAUCAGUGCUACAGUGUUCAAUAUUGUGGCUAUUGCAUGAUCAUGUACCUAUUUAUUAAUGAUACCUUACUGUAGCAAUUGACAUCAUUAAUAUGUUAUACAUCAUGAUAAUUGCCUAUGUCGAAAUUUGCAACAAUUAUAUUUGUAACCUAUGUAAUACGAGGGUUAGCAUGUUGACGAAAACAAAGUAAACUCUCAUACAUGGUACAAUGUGGCUUUAGUGAACUGCCAUUUUACAAUAUUAUUAUGAAUACAUGUAUUCUAUUAAAAUUCUGUGUUAGCAUUCUAUUUCAUCAUUUUAAAUGUGUGUUUAUACGAUGUGGGUAUAUUUAGUGCUGCAUUGUGAAUACUGGAAAACCGUCCAUCUACUCUGUGAUAUAAGAUGAUUGUGAACAGCAUUUACAGAUUGUAAACGAUGUUUUACAGUUGUACAUCAUGACAUUGACAUGUUUUGAUUUAAGUUUUCGAUCUUAUUACAUAUGAUACAUAUACGUAUAUGUAUAAGUAUUGUUUUCAUAAAGAUAUAUGUUACAUUGGCCUUAGUCUGUAGUUUCUAUUACGCCUAUAUUUAUAUGUUAUCUGUCAAUUAUGUAUUUUUUUAACCAGUGACAGGGCGACCACUUAUUUUAGUCUUAUAGCAGAUGUAACAGGGGACUUUGCCUCUUAACUCGGAAACUGUACAUCGGCUUUUAAAAGUGAGGGUUGGGUUAUAAAUAACUAUGACUGGGUACAAACCAAUAUCAAUCCACUAGUGAAUGGUGACAUUUCGAACAAGUUGGCCAUUUUUGGAAAAGCACCAAAUAUUAUCAUCUUCUCGUUGUUUACAGGUAAUCGUUUGUUAAGGUCAUCAUCUGUUAAUGCUCCGGUAUCUUGUUUUGUCUGCAUUCUUGAUUAAAUGUUCACAUUCAA